CGACUACCCUCCAGUCGAGCCAUGGCCGAGGGAGCGGAGCCGCCUGCCACCCCCGGGGCCGCCCCCGAGCAGCCCCACGAGGGGCAGCUGCCGUCGCGGGGCGCCCGCCUGCGACGGUUCUUGUGGCUGCUGCCGGCGCUGCUGCUGGUGCUGCUGUUGGUCGUGUCGCCGCGCUUCCUGCAGGACAUCGACAUCAGGGCGAGCCACAAACACGAAGAGAGGGGAUCAGGAGACUGCGUGAAGGAAGAUGAUUGCUCAGGUAGAAACUCUUCAGUCUGCCACCGCGAGCAGUGCCUGAUGGCGGCCAGUCGGAUGCGCACAAUGCUAAAUGCGGGUGUAAAUCCGUGCGAGGACUUUUACGGAUUUGCCUGCGGCAAAUGGAGCGAGCUUAACGCCAAAAUAGCGCCCAGCUUUAACACCCUGCAAAAGCACGUCGACCUCGAAAUACAGAUGCUUUUGUCUCGGGAAGCAAAGAAGAAGCAGGGGCCGUUCCAAAAGUUAGGUGAAUUUUAUCAAAGUUGCUACGAGAGCGCGAGAAGUGGCGGCAACGAGGCUCAAAUGUUCAGCUUGCUGAGAGAUUUAGGGGGCUACGUAGCCCGCAGCCACUCGCACAAGGUGAACCUGGCCGGGUUGAUCGGGAAGCUGCUCAAAAUGAACGGAGCGCCCAUUUUCGACGUAUACAUCGACGCAGACAUAAAUCUCAAGUCAAAAUUGGCCAUCUACAUUGACCUGCCGCACAAAGCCAAUGUGUUUGUCAAGCUGCUCAAGCUCGACCCAGUCUACAAGUGGUGGCAAAAAGCUAUGUACCACUCGCUGCAGAGCGUUCCCCGGAGAGGAAGGCGUAACGCCAACGAGCAGGGCAAAGCUUUCAACUACAUUAAAGCAACGGCGGAGGAGAAAAAGCUACUGCAGACCGAGAAACUGGCGCAACAGUUCGUGCCAACGUCUGUCUCGGACGCAACGAGGGCCUCGGAAGUGCAGCAGAUUCUGCUUUUCAUCUCCAUGCUGACAAAGAAUCUGCCGGGCGAGAAGGAAAUGGCUCUGCGAAUGCAGACGAGACAAACGGUUCCCGCAUUCACCAUUUCCGAUUUGCAGGGCAGCUUCAAGCAGGUUGACUGGAAGGAGUUAAUCCGCGACGUUUAUUCGCUCAACGUGACUGAAACCGACCACGUAUACGUGCUCGCGCCGCGCUACAUGCAUCGCCUCUUCAAUCUGAUCGGCCGCUUUGAUAUGAGUGUGCUGCAUAACAGCCUGCUAGUGCUCUUCGCACGAGAUACGCUGCUGGAGCUAGUUAACUCAACCGCAGUGUCCAAUUGGGAGUCCUACUGCACCCGCAUCACAACGAACGUGUUCACUGGCGCCGUGAGCGCCCUUUACGUGCGCCAGUACUCAAAGGGAUUUUUGCAAGAACUGCAGAGCAGAGUGGAACAUAUGUUUGAUCAGUUGAAACUCGGACUAGAAGGCAGAAUCGAGACCUCCAUCUGGUUAGACGAGCCUUCAAAAGUGGCGGCACUCUCGAAACUACGAGCGCUCGAUGGCCACUUUUUCACGUGGCCACAUUUUUGGAAUGAAACCUACGUUGACUUCAUGAUGAGCGAGUUGAACAUUCUAGAAAACGACUUUUUUUGGAACGUAAUUCGCAGAUACCAGCAACUGAGGAUGUUCAAUGGCAGCCUGGAAGAUCAAAGCUCUAACGACAAAAGGUGGGCUUACCCUUUCGUGGUGAACGCUUUUUACGAGCAGAGCAUCAACAGCAUAGUAAUUCCGCUGGCGGUGCUGACUGAGCCCUACUUCCAGCAAGACAUGCCUCGCUUCAUUCCCUACGGAAAAAUGGGGCUAAUUUUCACGCAUGAAAUUCUGCACGCCUUCGAUCUUCUUGGGGUACAAUUCAACGAGCACGGGGAGAAGGAACUAUGGCUCUCAGAGCGAUCGCAAGCGGCCUUCAAGGAGCGACUCGAGUGCGUGGCUGAUCAGUACAAAAGCACGUUCACCAAGAGAGUGCCCUUCAUGGGCAAUCAGGUCGAAGUCGAGUUUGACUGGAACAUCACCAUUAAUGAAAACAUGGCCGACAUCAGCGGCUUACACAUCGCUUAUGGAGCAUGGCGCAGAGAGCAGCUUCACCUCGGAUACUCGGAUCCAACUCUGCCCAACAUAGAUUUGAACAAAGAGCAGCUUUUCUUCGUUAGUGCUGCUCAGGCUUACUGCACGAAUUUAAGCGCAGAGGACUACAUUGUGCUUGUUGAACUCGAUUUUCACACCCCGUUUCCCGAGAGAGUGAACGGGAUUAUGAUGAACUCGGAGGAAUUCGCCAGUGCAUUCCAGUGUGCUGUCGGCACGCCGAUGAAUCCGGAGCGCAAAUGCAUCUUAUGGUAAAAACAUUGAUGAGUGAGAGGAGGUUUCUGCACACUCCAGAAUGAGCGUCGCUCGAGUCCAGUGGCACGCUUUAGUGCGUCAAAGUUAAUAGCUCGUAAGAAUGUUGGCUAUACACACUCACAUUAUGCUGCUCGCAGACUCCAUCUGCCGCAUUUUUAAAAAUAAAAAAGCACGCUGCUUCGAAUCGCGUGUGCAUAUACCAAGUUUGUGAUGCAGUCUGUUAAAUAAAGAGAGUCGCACUGUUUUCAAAUGUUGCACGCCAAUGGAUCGUUAAAAAUGUGUUGACAUGUUUUCAAUAAAUUUGUCAAAAAAUCACCUCUCGUGUGUUUUCCCACAAGUUACGUAAACGCA